UCUCGAGUCUCUAGUCUUCUGUCUCUUCUAUAGCGUCUAGUACGCAGUCAUUCUCUUCGGUAUUAUCUUCUUCUAGCGUCUUGAUGAUGCGUUCCUUCACACUCCUUUUGGCCGCGGCCUCGCUUUUUGACCUUAGCAUAGCUGGCUAUGCUUUGGAGGAUGACUACAUGACUGACUUCUACGGCGCAUUCGACUUCUUUACAGCAGAAGAUCCGACAAGUGGCUUCGUCAAGUAUGUCGACGAAGCUACAGCGAGGCAGACAAACCUCAUCAAUGCAUCCACGACGGUACCAGUAGAGUGGGGUGUUGACUCCACCAACGAGACCCCAGAGGGGAGGCCUAGCCUUAGGCUCGUAAGCAAGAAGAAGUACAACGCUGGGCUGGUGGUUAUGGAUGUGGCGCAUAUGCCUACUGGUUGUGGUACAUGGCCUGCUUUCUGGAUGGUAGGACCCGACUGGCCGACUGGUGGAGAGAUCGAUAUUCUCGAGGGUGUCAACGAGCAAACGAACAACGGUAUGACGCUCCACACCGGUCCCAACUGCAAGAUCGGCCCCGACACCAGCACAUUCGCUGGUGAACUUAUUACCCCCAACUGCGAUGUCAACGCUCAGAACCAGAGUAAGAACGUCGGGUGCUCCAUCGAGCACCCCUCAACAGACAGCUACGGUGUCGGACUGAAUGCGAUCGGUGGUGGCGUAUACGCAACUCAAUGGACCGCCGAAGCUAUCAGCGUCUAUUACUUCCCACGAGGCUCGAUUCCGGACGACGUUCUCAGCGACGCCCCUAACCCUGACGGUUGGGGUCUUCCUGCUGCUAAGUUCACCGGCGGAUGCGAUAUCGAGAGUAUGUUCAAUGAGCAGCAAAUUAUCUUUAACACUGCGUUCUGCGGUGACUGGGCUGGUGCGGUUUGGGAGAGCGGGUCUUGCGCAAAGAAGGCAGCUACUUGCGAAGAAUACGUGCAGAACAACCCAGAGGCCUUUAAGGAUGCAUACUGGACCAUCAAUGCGUUGAAGGUAUACCAAGAUAACGGGAGCGACACACCGGCUCCGUCUGCAUCUGGUGCACCUGCCCAGAGCACUGUCAUUUCUGAGCCGGUCCCAGUUCCUACCGGCAAUGCUACAGUGCCUGCGAUUUCCUCCGGCUAUGCGACGAUCCCCACCGAGGUCCCAACGAAUCCUCCCAUUCUUUCAUACUCGGAGGGCUCUUAUGUCGCACCAACGAUCUCUGCUUCUGAAGAGCUGCCCGCCGAGACCAGCACACUGGUCGCCGAGCCAACACCGUCCGACAGCGUACCCACGUCAGAGGCCCUCGAACCCUCAAAGACACAAACCAGCACUGGCUACCCCGUCGCACCAACAUCAGCAGCUGCAACAACAUCAAAGGCCGCGACGCCAACCAAGCCCGCUGAUCCCGUCGGAGACGAUGGUAUGCCAGGCUUCCAGUGGCCCCAGCCCGGCGAUGCACCAGCAUUGAACGCCACACAAACCGCCGAUACGUCCUCUGAGCCCACCGCAGCACCGUCCGGCAACAUGAGCCUGCCUGUCGAGAACCUGUCCAGCACCACCGCGGCUGCUGCACAGUCAACAAGCAGCCAAGACUACGAGUCUCCGCCAAUCGUUCCUACCAAUGCUCAAGACGAGGCUCCUGCGGCGCCUACAGUGACGAAUAUUGUUGGUGAGAAGAAGACGGUGUACCAGACCGUGUAUGUGACUGUUACUCCUGGUGCAGAGGCAACGCCUGUAGCGGGCUUGAGUAAAGUUAAGGCGGCAAGGUUCUUGAGAGAGCAUAGAAGGAGGUCCGUUGGGCAUCAUGCGAGAAUGUGAGAUGGGGGAAAUGCAGAAGCGAGAAAGAGAAAGAGAGGAUGGAUGUUGGAUGAUUACAUGAUGUUGUUUGAGUGCGCGUAUACCCCUGUUUUUUUGUAAAUAC